GCUGGGGUUAUGGGCGAGGUUGGGGGAGGGUUUCGUUAUUGUUUUUUAUGAUAAUCGUAUGUUUUUAAACGAUUAACUUCCUACUAAUUCAUAGGAAUUAGCUAACUCGUAAAAUAUGUACGAACUCUCGUGAGAUCAGGCUGGACCUACAGCAAGACCUGGAUCUGAACCUUUGAUCUGUAAGAUCUUACAAUUUGGGCAGUUAGAUCUUUACAAGUUUAUACAAACAUCCUGACACAGACAGAUGAAAAACUGAGAUGUAAUUCUCAAAUAAUAUUCAGACGUGAUCAGUUUUCUUAAAAACUUCUGAUGUUUUCUUAGUACUGGCAAUCUUUGACCCGCCUACUACUUUAUAAAAAGUAUAAAACCCUCUGAGUUUGUUCCUCGUGUGAGUUUGUUCCUCAUUGCUACUCGAUCAUCAUGCAUAGGCCUACAGGUAUGAUACCUCAACAUACACUUUUAAACUUAUCAAAUCCUGUAAUAAUCACCGGAUUAGAUAUUCACAGAAAUAUGCUUGCUUUGAAAAUUAAAAAUGUUUCAAAUGUCUAUUUCAACAAAAAAACUUGAAACAGUGUGCACAGUUUAGUAUUGUAGCUCAAUGUUGUAUUUGUUGUCUUUUGCAGUUUCUUGACUGUAUUAUAUUCAUACCUGAUCUUCAUUAGUUGUGCAUCUGAGGAUUCAGACUAAAUCAGGAUGUUGACCACUGCAGCUCUUAUUCUCAUUCUCACCACUUAUGUUGUUCUAGGACAGGAUGACAGACAGGCUGUUAAAAGACAGAGAUAUCCAUUAAAUAUGGCAGAGGAUUCAGUUGAUGACCGGUAUGAUGGCUGUACAGAGAAGAUGGAAAAAUUGGUGGAGACAAAAUAUCUAACUGAAGAAAUCAAUGCUAACAUAUCAGGCUUUGGAAAAGUUUGGAAAAACUGUACAAAAAACAUCCCUGGACCAAAAGACAAUCUGCAAAGAAACCAUUUAAUUGCCAUUUCUGUGUAUACUGGUGUUAUAGUAUACAGUAAAUUCAAUGAGGAUGUUAGGACCGGUAAACAGAAAUACAAAGACAAGACAUUCAAAUGGUAUUCGCUUCAUUUUUGGUUGACACAAGCGAUACAGACUCUAAAGAAGACUGAAAAUGGAUGCAAGUCAACUUAUCGUGGUACCAAUGUUACAUUUGAAGGUGUCAAUAACACAGAGAUUCGUUUUGGCUCAUUUACGUCCUCCUCUCUUGAUCGUAAAGUAACAAUGGAUUUCGGAAAUCAAUCUUGUUUUGAAAUCGAGACUUAUCACGGUGCUGAUGUGUCAAAAUACUCCCAGUUUCCUAAUCAGAAAGAGGUGUUGAUUCCCCCAUAUGAAACAUUUAAAGUCACUAAUAUCAGGAAAGAUCAGAAGGGUGACUGGUGUAAGGCUGUGUUUGUGUUGAAGAGCAAUGAUAUAAAAAGUAACUUAAACUGUGCAGUGGCAUCAGUCAAGCCCAAGAAAUAUCACAAAGUCAUUAUCUCUGACUGAUCAGCAUUUACAUAUUUUCAUUUCUCUUUUUUUAUAAUAAGCAUGCUUUUAUAAAACUUAAUGAUUGCAGCUUUAGUCUAUCUGAAUUAUAGUAAUUUAGUUUUUUUUUUUUAAAUUAUAUGUAGAUUAUAUGUAGAGUUAAAUGCAUUUGUUGCAUUAGCUGUUCUGUUGCACGUAAACUGUAAAAAGUUCUUUGCUGCCAUAAAUUUACAAGUCAUUUCAAUUUACUAUUAUUUGACUAGAAAUGAGUUGAGCUCAUCAAAUCAUUUUGUACUGCUUUAAAAACUGAAGAACGUCUUAUAUAAAAAAAUGUUUUUACACAUUUGAAACUAUAAGAAUAACCCAAAAGCAUGUUAGUUACUGCGUGAAUAAUGUCACUUUAAUUUAAUUUAUUUAAACAGCUCUCUGGUCAUUUACCCCUGAUACCCCAGAGUCAUCUUGACUGGU